UUGGACUGACUUUCACCACACUUUAUUUUAUUUUGGACUGCUUCAUACACAGAUGUUAUAUCAUAUUCCGCUGGAUACUUACAUGGAAUAGUUCUGGAUCCAACUCACAUUUUUGUUUGUUUCUUUAUGGAUGGCAUGGCUUUUGAAGGAACGUGAUUUUUCAUAAGUGUUUACAAACUCGUGGGAAAUUCUAAACAAAGUUACUGUUCAAGAGAAGUUUAAUUCCGAAGAUGGAUCAGCAGGCUGCUGGAGGGGAGGACCCAAAUAAACCCUCCAAAAAGAAAUCCAGUGAGGAUGAGAGCAAAAACAAAAAACUGAACAUACACAUAAAAACAUUGGCUGAUGACAUGCGUGACAGAAUCACCAGUUUUCGAAAGCAAGGCACGAAGAAGGAGAAGCUUUUUAUCCAGCACCCCACAGACCCUAUCUCCUCCCAGACCGAGCUGCCUGUGCCCCAGCCACUCUUCGACGAGCGCUCCAUGAACCUGUCAGAGAAAGAGAUCGUGGACUUGUUUGAGAAGAUGAUGGAGGACAUGAACCUUAAUGAAGAGCGUAAGGCUCCCCUACGAGGGAAGGACCUGAGCACUAAACGGGAGAUGGUGGUCCAGUACAUUUCUGCAACAGCCAAAUCUGGUGGACUGAGGAACAGCAAGCACGAGUGUACUCUCUCGUCACAGGAGUACGUGCACGAGCUGCGCUCAGGCAUCUCUGAAGACAAACUGCUCAUCUGCCUGGAGUCCCUGCGCGUGUCCUUGACCAGCAACCCCGUUAGCUGGGUGAAUAACUUUGGCUAUGAAGGUCUCGGGCUGCUUUUGGAUGUGCUGGAGAGGCUUCUUGACAAGAAACAGCAAGAGAACAUUGACAAGAAGAACCAGCAUAAACUCAUUCAGUGCCUCAAGGCCUUCAUGAACAAUAAGUUUGGCCUCCAACGGAUCUUGGGGGACGAACGAAGCCUCCUCCUCCUUGCAAGGGCGAUCGAUCCUAAGCAGACUAAUAUGAUGACUGAGAUUGUCAAGAUUCUGUCAGCUGUUUGUAUCAUCGGAGAGGAGAACAUUCUGGAUAAGAUCCUGGCAGCCAUGACCAUUGCUGCGGAGAGGAAUAAUAAGGAGAGGUUUGCUCCGAUAGUGGAGGGGCUGGAGAACCACGAAGCCCAGCAGCUACAGGAGGCCUGCAUGCAGCUGAUCAAUGCCCUCGUUACAUCGCCAGAUGAUUUAGACUUCAGGAUACACUUACGAAAUGAGUUUCUGCGCUGCGGCCUCAAGAAGAUCCUACCAGAGCUGAAGGAGACAGAGGAGCUCGACAUUCAACUGAAGGUGUUUAAUGAAAAUAAGGAGGAGGAUUCCAUUGAACUGUCUCACCGACUGGAUGACAUCCGCGCAGAGAUGGAUGAUAUGGGUGAAGUGUACCAUCUCCUGUCCAACAUGGUGAAAGACACAGGCUCAGAACCUUACUUCCUGUCCAUCCUCCAGCACCUGCUGCUCAUCCGGAAUGAUUAUUAUACCAGGCCUCAGUAUUACAAGGUGAUCGAGGAGUGUGUGUCCCAAAUCGUCCUCCACCGCAAUGGGAUGGACCCUGAUUUCGCCUACAGGGAGCGACUAGAUGUGGACUUCAGCCUUCUCGUCGAUCAGUGUGUGGAUAAAGCCAAAGUUGAAGAGAGCGUGCAGAGAGCGGCUGAAUACUCCAAAAAGUUCGACGAGGAGUUCAGCGCACGGCAGGAAGCGCAGGCUGAGCUGCAGAAGCAGGAGGAGAAAAUCAAAGAGCUAGAGUCUCAGAUCAACACCCUGCAGGCCCAGGUUGCAGCAGGACCUGGAGCAGCCGGUGCUGUUCCGCAAGCACCGCCACCACCAGGAGGAAUUCCACCUCCACCUCCUCCACCACCUCCUCCUUGUCCUGCAUCUCUAGGACCUCCACCUCCUCCACCACCUCCACCCAGCUCUGGGCCACCACCACCGCCUCCACCUCCUGGAGGAGGCCCUCCCCCACCACCUGGUAUGCCUUUGGCUCCUCCUCCACUCGUUGCACAGCUGCCUUAUGGGCUGGUGCCCAAGAAGACCUACAAACCUGAAAGUGUCAUGAAGCGGGUGAACUGGUCCAAGAUAGUGCCUCAGGAGAUGGCGGAAAAUUGCUUUUGGCUCAAAGUCAAAGAAGAGCGGUUUGAGAGCCCGGACAUGUUCAGCCAGCUUUCACUGUCCUUCUCUUCUAAAUCCAGAGUGAAAAAGGAUGUGGAAGAAACAGAUGACAGGAAGACACAAUUCAAGAAAAAAGCGAAAGAGCUGCGAAUUCUGGAUGCCAAGACAGCCCAGAAUCUGUCAAUUUUCCUGGGUUCAUUCCGGCUGCCUUAUGAAGAGAUCCGGGAUAUCGUGCUGCAGGUGGAUGAGGAGAGGCUAAGUGAAGCACUAAUCCAGAACCUGAUCAAAAACCUUCCGGAGCAGAAGGAGCUGAGCAAUCUGGCCGAGCUAAAGAAUGAAUACGAGGAGCUUUGUGAAUCGGAGCAGUUUGGAAUUGUGAUGAGCUCAGUAAAGAUGUUGCGUCCCCGACUGAACGGGAUCAUCUUCAAGCUGACGUUUGAGGAGCAGGUAAACAACAUCCGGCCCGACAUCAUGAAUGUGACAUUCGCAUGCGAGGAGGUGAAGAAGAGCGAAGGUUUCAGCAUGAUCCUGGAACUGGUGCUGCUGAUCGGAAAUUACAUGAACUCUGGCUCCAGAAACGCUCAGACAUUCGGCUUCAACAUCAGCUUCCUCUGCAAGCUUCGUGACACCAAGUCGACAGACCAGAAUACAACUCUUAUGCACUUUCUGGCUGAAAAAUGUGAAGAAAACUAUCCUGAGAUCCUGAAGUUCCCUGAUGAGCUUGAGCAUGUUGAAUGUGCUAGCAAGGUAUCUGCCCAGAUCCUGAAAGGCAGCCUGGACACAAUGGAACGGCAUAUUCAGAGGCUGGAGAACGACAUCGAAAACUUCCCCAAAACUGAAGACAAGCAGGAUAAGUUUGUUGAAAAAAUGUCAGGCUUCUCCAAGCAUUCGCGAGAGCAGUAUGAGAAGCUCUCCACCAUGCACAAGAAUAUGCAGAAGCUCUACGAGAGCCUAGGGAGCUACUUUGCCUUCGACCCCCACACCGUCAGCAUCGAGGACUUCUUCGGAGACCUGGCUAGCUUCCGCAACCUCUUCAUGGAUGCUGUGCGGGAGAACCACAAGAAGAGGGAGAUGGAGGAGAAGAUCAAGAGAGCCAAGCUGGCAAAGGAGAAAGCUGAGCGAGAGAAACUAGAGCGACAGCAGAAGAAGAAACAGCUGAUUGACAUGAACAAAGAAGGUGACGAGAUGGGCGUGAUGGACAACCUGAUGGAGGCCUUGCAGUCUGGAGCAGCCUUCCGUGACCGCAGGAAACGAACCCCACGCAACGGUGAUCAAAGCCCUUCCUGUUCUGCACCUUGGUGGCCGGGUGCUAACCAUGACAACCGUCGCACUGGUUUGGAAAGAUCCCGUUCGCGCCACAAUGCAAACCCUAUGGUCCGAUGAUCGCUUGCCGGCUAAGGACGUUUGCCAAGUGCCAAAGACCCAAGAGUUGGGACAACACUGAGGAGGGCUGAAAAGGGAUGGAGAGAGAGCCCACACCCACACGUACAUGCAUACAGAACGCAGAACAAACCUCAAGAUGUGUGUCACCGCUCCAGACACGUCAUCACAGGAUCACUUGCCCCUCACUCCUCUCUGAAGCCUUAUAUACUACUUGCUCUUUGUGCAUUGAGCCUAUUCAAUUUAGCCGUGUUUGUUUGUUAUUUUCAUGAUUACACCGGUUCUGUUUAUAUCUCAGAACACCUCACAACGCUAACUCCCCUGAUCUGGCUCACGUCCACCUCGCUAUCUGCAAACAAUCAAUGAUUGGCUGCUGUUUGUUCUCUCGCUAUUGGAUUUUUUUCAACAUACAAACACACUCUUGAUGAAAAAAGGCCUAAAGCCACCAUAAAGGACUGCGUGAUUCUGUAUGCAUAUCAGCAAAGGGACUUCAUUUUGCUGUUGAUUGAACAAAACCUUUGACUUGACUGAUUCUGCCUGCCCCCUUUUCUUUCUUUUUUUCUGUUUCCAGUCCCACCAUCCACCGUAUAAUCUCCGAUCACCCCCUCUCUUUAUAUAUUACAGAUCCUAUAUAUGUAGCAACAUGAAAAAGCUGCUGAUAUAAGCUUCAGAGCAACCGUGUGUACACAUUUGUGCUGUGUAAGAGCUGCCAGUGCCACAAGGUACCUGAGGUGGUUGAAAGAUAUUGCUCUUUAUCUACGGUAAACACUUCAAACAUUCGUAGACGUUUCUCUUGCAGAGUCAAAGGUUUUAUUAAGUGAGGUAUGUGAAGCAAAUGCGAAUCAAAGAGGUGCCAUUCAUUUCAGUUUUCAAAAAUGUCACAGGUUUUCUUCGCGAUUUCUUUGUAAGUCACUGUGCUUUUAGCUUUAAGCCCUCUCGUAGAAGAGUAUUUUAGUGAACUGUAGCUUAGUGUUUUUUCAAGAUCCACCAGUCAUCUUUAAGAGCUCUCUCUCACUGACCUACCGCAUUUACCUUACCAUCUCAGUGCUGACUUAUGUUUGAAAACUGUCUAAAACAUUACAAAGUAUCGAAGUUCAUCGUUCACAAUUUGCAAAAUAUGUAUUUAUUCACAGUUUGACAGAUUUUGCCCGAAGCCUUUUAUAUGUGAACAGUGACCCAAUUCCAGUGAGGAGGAGUCUUGAAUACGAAGAGGACAUACAUCCGUAGACAAUGUUCACAAUAUGGUGAAAUAUCUUCAUGUGAAAUCCAUUAGAAAUCCAUUUUCCAUAAUGUUUUCUGCCCCCCAUGUCCAUAACACUGCAGUCUGUUGUGGGUAUACUGGUACAUGCCACAUUGAAAUCUUCCACAUUUGUAAAUGAGGGGAAACUGUUAAGUUUGCACACCCAAUGCAAGCAUAUACAGUACAGCCAUAGUGUGGUACAGAACACAGUACUGUUAAACAAACCACUGUUAGUCAGGUUUCUCCUCACACUGUGUUUGUCAUACAUUUCUCAGGAGAGAGAGGAAAGGUCGAGAUGCAACGAAACGCAAUCCAUUGAUUUGCUUUUCUAAUUAAAACUGCCCUUUGAAUGGUUU